UUUUAAUGUCCUUUAAAACCUCCACAUUAGUAUUUGCUAAAUUGAUAAUCGACUACUCCACGGCAGAAAGCCAACCCCUUUCAUGAAAAAAUAUUAUUAUAUAAUAUAUUCCUUGAUAUUAUUCUAUGCGAACUUGGAACAAAAAGCAGCUGCUUAUUUCUUGUACAGCAAUUAUAAUUAUGAGACACAACUUGUACAUAUAUGAAAAAGCAAUAAAUACGCAGUUGUAAUCAGUCUAGCAAGGGAACUGGAUUAAAGUCGGACAAAAUAUAAAAAAUGACGAUUAAGGAGAAUUUCAAAAACCUAAUGGGGAUAUUUAUUGAAGCAUUGAUAGUUUUCAAGGACCCUCACAGGAGUCCGUCGCACACCGUCGCCUACUUCGACCGAGCCCAAAUGAAGUUUGUUUCGCGAAACUCUUAAGGCAAAAGAAUGUAUCAAAAUAAAAGUACUUUUAAAGAGCAUUUGGAUUCUACAUGAACUCUGAGGAACGUCGCAAGCCUUUGCUGUUGGCCUGGAAUUAUUUUUUCAUGUUCCAAAUGAUGAUGAACAUGGCAUCCUUUACAUAUGGACUUUUUGAGUCGCUGGAUGACAUAGUUCUCCUUGGCCGGGACCUCGCUUUUAUAAUAGCAAUAUUUUUUGAAAUAUUUAAAAUGAUCCACUUCUCUGUUCAAGUUGACGAAAUCGAUAAAUUGAUCAAUGGCCUGGAAAGGUGCUAUCGAUGGGAAACAAAAGGACCUGUUCGGAAUGAAGUUGUUUCAAUUAAAAGAUGGCACUUGCUGCUUCCCGCUGCCGUAAUGGGAGCCUGGUUAAUUUUGGUCAUCUCUUUCACUUUUAUAAUGAUUUCAACGCCUUUUUGGGUGGAGUCCCAGAAACUGCCCUUCCACGUGGCCUAUCCUUUCGAUUUGCACAAUCCAUCCAAGCACCCAAUCGCACACGCUCUUAUUUUUGCAUCCCAUGGUUGCAUUACAUUUUAUAGCUUAAUCUGGGUAGUUCUUGCUGACGUGCUGGCUGGUUCAAUAUUCUUUGAGUUGACAUCCGACUUAAAGAUCCUGUGUCUCCAGCUGCGCUUCUUGAACCAAUACUGUGGAUGUGAUGAUGUUAUGCUGGACAAGGAAGUUAAUCGGUUAGCUUUGUUUCAUCAGCAGAUAAUUUGCCUUGUUGACAGAUCCAACGAAAUUUUCAAUGGCGCCUUAACAAUGCAACUGAUGGUGAUUUUCCUACUGAUUUCCCUGUCGGGAUUUGAAGCAAUGGUUUCCAGGCACGACCACGAAGUGGUUGCCGAGUACUUGGUCUUGAUGGUUAUGGCCCUGAGCCACCUCUCUUGCUGGUCCAAGUUCGGGGAUCUUCUGUCCCAAGAGUCCAUGGAAGUGGCAGUGGCUGCCUACGAUGCCUAUGACCCAACAAGGGGCGACAAAAGUGUCCACCAACGGUUGGGGCUUAUAAUUCUAAGGGCACAGAAGCCUCUGUCCAUCAAAAGCAGAAUCUUACCGCCUUUUACCUUGGUCAACAACUUGGCUGUAAGUAUACUUUAAUUUAUAAAUUAUAUACCGUUUUUAAAUAUUUUACUUUGCAGGUCCUUAAUCAGUGCUAUAGAAUCUUUACCUUUUUGAUGCAAACAAUGAAAUAAAUAAU